CCAUUAUAUUCGAUGACUAUCGUUCCUUGAGUCUCGGUCACUGACUUUCCACGUGUAGAGGAACGUCCGCGCGAACAAGUAUUGGAAUCGAUGAAAAUAAUAAAAAGAUAAAAUGAAAUUUCUGGACGCCGUCUCCUUUUGUAUCAUCGGCAUAGGUUGCGUUUUUUGCUGUACAGCGCAGCCGGAAGUGACAGCGCCGAUCGGAAGAAUACAUGGAUCUAUUAUUCGUUCAAGGCUCGGUCGAGAGAUUUAUUCCUUCCGCGGAGUGAGAUACGCCGAGCCGCCCACUGGGGAACGACGUUUUCAGAUUCCCGUUCCAGCUGCGGACUGGGACGACGUCUUCGACGCCUCUCAGGAAGGUCCGGCGUGUCCAAAUUUGCGAAAUACAAACAUAUCGGAAGACUGCUUGCGUCUAAACGUUUAUACCACAAAAUUACCUUCGGAACGAGAGAAUCCAAACAGAUCCGUACUCGUAUACUUUCAUCCGGGCGGUUUUUACGACAUGUCUGGUCAAAGUUUGUACUGGGGCCCUCAGUACCUGUUGGAUCAAGAUGUAGUUUUAGUGACCGUGAAUAAUCGACUCGGUUCACUGGGUUUCAUCAGCACAGGCGAUUCGUUAGCUCCGGGAAAUUUAGGAUUUAAAGAUCAAGUAAUAGCGCUUCGUUGGAUUCAAAGGAACAUCGCCGCUUUCGGUGGUGAUCCAAAUUCCGUGACUAUAUCCGGCUGCAGCAUCGGAGGAACAUCAGUUAUGUUGCACAUGGUGUCACCGAUGUCUAAGGGUUUGUUCCACAGAGCGAUCGUUAUGAGUGGAGAACUCAUGAUCAACGAGCCUUAUCCAACCGAUCAAAUGAAUCUCGCGCAGAAACAGGCCAGGAUUCUGGACUGUCCUACCGAUAAUAGCACGGUGAUAUUGAAUUGUCUCAGAUCGAGGCCGGUCGAGAACUUUAGAAAUACUUUGUUCCAGUUUUUCGAAGUCGGUGAAACUCCAGUAGUGAUUUGGAAGGCUGUCGUGGAACCGGAGAUACCAGGAAUCGAACGAUUUCUACCGGCUCAACCAGUCGAUCUCAUCCAACGAGGAGAGUUUUUUCAGGUUCCGACUAUGUUCGGAGUAACGAAAGACGAGAUCGCUUGUUUGACUGUUAUGUUCAAUAAUCUUAGCAAGAUUGGCAUAGAUAUGUACGGCAUGUACGAAGGAAGAUGGUAUCACGAGGCACCGGUUAAUCUGGUGUACGAAGAGGGCACACCGCGAUCCAGAAACAUUAGCGAUCAAUUAAGACAAUUUUAUUUCAACGAUCAGCCCUUCAGUUCGGAUAACGGAGACAAUUUUACCCACUUGAUGUCCGACGGUCUAAUAAUAUUUCCGAUGUACCGCGCGGCGAAGCUGAUAGCUCAAAAUUCUAAAGAACCGCUUUAUUUCUACGAGUCCACGUAUCAAGGCCGCUACAGCAUGAUCAUGUUGAACGCGACUACACCUUACGGCGUAGUACAUAUGGACGAUACCCAAUAUUUAUUCUACUUCUCAAUAGAGUUCCCGUACUUUGACGAAACUGCGCCUGAAAUACCCAUGGUGGAGUUAUACACGUCUCUGUGGGCGAGCUUCAUGCAGACUGGUAAACCUGUUCUGAAGGAUAACGCACUUACAAAUACGACGACGAGCUGGGAUAGGUUUUUGCCCGAUCUGGAUAACUAUUUGGAGAUCAGUCUCGAGCCUACCAUGAAGACUAAUCUCUAUAUCAAUAGAAUGCGCGAAUGGGAGAAACUAUUUCCCUUGCCUUACCCGACAUAGAUUUUGAUUUAAUAAAAGAAUGUUCUUUGUUCCAUUGUUACAUAUCUGUACGCAUUCGAAUAAAUGCAUUUGAACGAAA